GUUUAAUUUGUUUGUUUAUUUUUAUCUUUUUAUCUUUCCACAGCUUUUUUUUCUCUCUUGAUUAUAGUCAAAAAAAGGACCCCUUUUUCGUCUAUCUUGUACUUUUUUUCUCUGACGUUGGAUUUCCUGUGGCACUUACCUCUUUGAGAGCCAGUACACGGGAUUGAAAAGCACGGUGCAUUAGUGAACCAUUGAUAUGUCAACCCCUCCUCGGCCAACAGCCAACAAUGGCUACUCAUCCACCAUGAAGGAACUUCCUCCAGGUCCUCGAGGCACCCCUCCUCCACAACACCAGCAGCCGUAUCCAACGCAACAUCAACAUCAACGGUUUCCUACAUAUCAACACGCUGACGUGAGAGGAGCAUCGCGACCAUUACCACCUCAACCUCCGACUAUGUCUUCCUCUUCUUCCUCCUCCUCCUCAUCGGGCCCACAUGGCUUUUCACAUAUGCCACAUCCUAGUCGCGGACAAUCGCGUGAUUAUUUCUACCAGCAUUCACCUCAACGUGGACCUCACCAACCGAUGGUCCCUCCUUCCUCAUCCUCUUCUUUCCAACAGCAGCCGUCGCCCUAUCUACGAUCCCAACCGUUUCCCAAUUCAGCCCCUUACGGUACGCCGACGCCCAGGCAUGGUCACGCACCUCCUGUCUUGGGUAUUCGAACCACCAGCUCAGCCAUACAUGGAGCUCACCCAGGCGCUGGCUUGAAUCGAUCAAAGUCCUUGACAAGACCGGAACGUCAGCGGCCUCGUUCAGGCAUGCUACGGUCCACAUCCUCCCAAAAUACCAAUGCUCAAUCCAAUGGGUCGAUACCUCAACGACCACCGACAGUCAAUCAACCCAUGUCACACCAUUUGCAGCAGCAACUGGAGCAACAGAAAAUGCAACAACAGUAUGCUGCUUUGGAUGCCAUUGGCGAGACAAAGGACGUGACUCCAGAAAAGGAAAUCAAACCCAAAGUGCUCACAAGCUGGUGGGCUUGGACAGCUUAUUUGGCGACCUGCUGUAUCCCGAAUUGGUUUAUCCGUAUUUGCUUACGCAAGCCUAACCCAUUGAUGCAGCAAGCUUGGCGUGAAAAGCUGACACUAGUUUACAUGUUCUUGUGUCUGUGUGGAUUGCUGGCUUUUGUAACCUAUGGUCUAAAUGCGGUACUAUGCCCGACAGCGGGACCCGGGUAUCCGUACUCAUCGGUGGUCAAUGGCGUCAGAAAACCUGUGUACCACGAAGAAGUACGCGUGUUCGGACGUGUGUAUCCGAUGAACGUGGUGAAGGAUUACAUGGCCACGAAACAUUUGAACUUUACGACGGACUAUUUAAACAUGGAUAUCGGAAGUCUUUUUGAUGGUGAUACAAACAAUGCUUGUGGUCGUUACAAGGUGAAUGGUGAUGAUCCUACGUUGCCUCCAUGUCAACUUCACAACCCAUAUGGCGGAUCACUGAAACCCCCUGGUGGCAAAUGUUUGCCUUUGAAGGAAUUACAAUCACACUACGACUCCAAAUCUUACCUUGGUUUUGAAUGGGAGGAUUUGCGACCCAACGGUCCCGAUGAUCUCGGCGACAGUGAUUUGUUACUUUUAGGCGAUUCAGUGCUGAAUUUGACGCAGUAUUUACGAGAUAACAAGCCUGUCUUUGGUGCUGAAGUGGACAAAACCCUCCGACGUAGUUUAGGCAACGAUGUCUCCUAUGCAUUACUGUAUCAUCAAGAAGGUCUAGAUGCUCGUCGAUGUCUUGCUGCUCGUUACUCUGUGGGCAUUAUCGAAACUGAAACUGGUGGCUGUAUUGCUCAUCAAAUCAUCAUGAAUGUGAUGUUGGCAGUCAUUAUCUGUAUGAUUGUAAUUCGAUACGCCAUGGCAUUACUGUUUCAAUGGAUCAUUGCACGAAAAUUGGUUCAACCAGGCGGUCGGUCCGGUUGGCUGGCGUGGCGUUCCAUCAAAGGUGGCAACGAUGAUCCGGCUAAUCAUAUACCCGGCCCUUACAAUAAUUACGGUCCAAUGAAUGUUGCGCAAGCCUCUUCUGCUUCUCUGGGGUCGAGCAGCACGUCGCCCAGUGGUGGCGUGAGCGAUCGUAGCUCAGCGAUGCAAUUGGGUGGACCCCAAUCGAACAUUGUCGAUACCGAAUUGUACACUGUGAUGCUGGUAACUUGUUACUCCGAAGGCGAAGAAGGUUUACGCACAACCAUGGAUAGUUUAGCCGAAACCACAUAUUCCAAGAAGCACAAGAUCUUCUUUGUGAUUGCUGAUGGUCUUAUUACGGGUGCGGGCGAAACACGAUCGACACCGGAUAUUGUGGUUGACAUGAUGGAGCUUGAUCCUGCCAUGGCGAAUCCGAAGCCAGCCACCUACUUGGCUAUUGCUGAUGGUGAAAAGCAAUUGAAUCGUGCCAAAGUGUAUGCCGGACACUACAAAGGGGUGGCAUGCAUUACCAUUGUCAAGUGCGGUACGGAAGAAGAACAAGAUGCACCCAAAGCAGGCAAUCGUGGUAAACGUGAUUCCCAGCUGAUUUUGAUGAGUUUUUUCCAACGCGUUCUGUUCAAUGAUCGAUUGUCGGAGCUCGAUUACGAGAUGUUCUGGAAGAUGACCUGGUUGAUGAAAGGUGUGACACCCGACAAGUUUGAAUUGGUGCUCAUGGUGGAUGCUGAUACCAAAGUAUUACCCGAUGCCAUCACUUACAUGGUAGCUGCCAUGGCGAAUGAUAUUACCAUCAUGGGUCUUUGUGGUGAAACUCGCAUUGCCAAUAAGCGAACAUCAUGGGUCACGGCCAUUCAAGUCUUUGAAUACUAUAUCUCUCAUCACUAUGCCAAGGCAUUUGAAUCGCUAUUCGGUAUUGUCACUUGUUUGCCCGGUUGUUUCAGUAUGUAUCGUAUCAAGUCGCCUAAGAACGGUGCUUGGGUUCCUAUUCUGGCCAACCCUGAUAUCAUCUUGGAGUACAAUCAAAACAUUGUCACGACAUUGCACGAAAAAAACCUGUUGUUACUCGGUGAAGAUCGUUUCUUAUCCACUCUCAUGCUGCGUACGUUCCCUAAGCGUCAGAUGAUGUUUGUUCCUCAAGCUCGGUGCAAAACUGUGGUCCCUGAUGAAUUCCGCGUGUUACUGUCGCAACGUCGUCGAUGGAUUAAUUCAACGGUGCAUAAUCUCAUGGAACUUGUGCUAGUAUCAGAUCUUUGUGGUAUUGCAUGCUUAUCGAUGCAAUUUUCGGUCUUUGUGGAUCUUAUCGGUACAUUGGUGCUCCCGGCGGCUAUUGUCAUGUCCAUCUACCUUAUUGUCAACACGGCUGUCUCGCAGAAUCCCCAGUGGCAAUCGCUGGCUUUGCUGUUGGCCAUUCUGGGUCUUCCCGGUAUAUUGAUUGCAAUUACCACCUUCAAGAUUGUUUAUAUUGGAUGGAUGAUUAUUUACAUCUGUGCGCUUCCAAUUUGGAAUUUCGUGUUGCCCAUCUAUUCAUUCUGGCAUUUCGAUGAUUUCUCUUGGGGUGCUACGCGUGUUGUUGCGGGCGAAAAGAAGGACAAGGGUCACGACGAUGCUGAGGGCAAGUUUGACUCGUCCCGUUUGGUGAUGAAGAAGUGGGAAGAUUGGGAAGCGGAACGGACUGGCCAACGGCCUUCUAAGAACAAAAUGAUGCUGAAAACACCCAUGGAAGCGCCUGCCGCUUUUGACGGUUUACGUCCGAGCAUGAAAAAUACCACCACGCCAACGAGCCCUGCGUUCGGUUCGAUCUUCAACGAUCGUAAAAUGUUUGGUUCGUCUACUUCCCUUAAUAACCUCCCCAAGAUGCAAAACAAAAAUAACCCGUAAUACAAUAUAACAUACAAACAUCAUAGAGGGAGAAAAAACGACUCUUGUAUUAUACAGUAAAUAAAUAGCUUCAUUCAUG